AUACCAGGCUUAAUUUAUAUUUUAAGAAGACUCAUAUCCGUGAAUUACCGUGAGUUCCCGAGUUCGUUAUUAUCACUCCACCCACGACUGUCAUCAAGCUUAGUUAAUUUACAUGCUACUCGGAGAGCGGUCUCAUACAGUCACACAUUAUAUUGACCACUAACUAUCACGCGACGUGGUCCACGCGCCGAACAUUUCUCAAAUAUUUUUGGAAAAAAAAUGCUUUCCAUAUUAAUAAUUAGUGCAUUACUUAGCGCAGUCAAAUGCGCAAGCUACCAACGAGACGACAGCAGCUAUUCAACUUACUCAACCGCCUCCAGUUUGUACGACGAAUAUGGACAGAGAAAUUUAAAUUUUGGAGAUGAUAUAGCGGGGGUACCGGGCGGUACCAGGUACCCUAGUUCUUACCUAGAUUCCUCCUCUCCCGGUUACAACGGUGUGCUUCAAGGGCCGAACAAUAAUCUGUACCCGGGGUAUAGCACCCCGCGGUAUGCGCCGGGCUAUGAUAAUUACGGUCAAAGCUACGGCCAAAACUAUGGACCUAGCUACGGACAGAACUACGGACAGAACUACGGACAGAACUACGGUCAAGGCUACGGACAGAGCUUCGGACAACAGGGAUUCAGUUCGUAUGAGUUUCCGUUUGUGAGGAACAACAGGGAUUAUUGCAUAAAUAGAGCGCCGCAGACCGGCAUCUGGGUGGAGCGGCUGAUGGGCAUGUGGUACGGCGUGGAGCUGGUGCAGCACCUGGCCGGCGACACGAGGGUCGACUAUGGCAGGACUUGCAUCGUCAUACACAUUUCGGAGCCGAAAGACAGGAUCCAUUCACAUAGGCAGUUGCACCACGUGGAGGCGCUGAACGCGCAGUUCCGGCAGAUGUACCGACACCUGCGCCUCGUGUGGGACGAGGAGGGCCAGACCGUGGAGUACGCGCUCUACUUCAACAACAACUCGGCCGGCUACUGGCAGGCCUUCGGCGGACAAAACGGUUCAUUGAGCCAGCGCAGCACAUACCGUCAGUUCACCGGCACCGUGCAAGUGCUGAAGGCGGUGAACGACCACCUGGUGCUAAACUUCUGCCAGGAAGGGUCGAACGGGCAGUCGGCGGAGCUGUACUCCGUGCUGUUCUCGCGGGACCCGCUCAGCAUGACGCGCUGGGAGGUGGAGUCGGUGCACAGCCUGCUGCAGAACAAGAACCUGUCGGUGGCCUCCCGGCGGAUGGUCUGCGGCAACGGCGCCGAAGCGCCCGCCUACAGCGUCCUGCUCUCAUUCCUUACCUGCUUAUUCGCGUACAUUGUGUGUUCCUCGUAAUCGAUCCGUAAUAAUAAGUAGUCCAAAGUUGAGAAUUCUAUGGAUUUAUUCUACAUACACGUAAUAUAUUUACUUACUUAAAUAUCCUUUUAGCUCAAAAAAGGGUUUGUUAAGACUCCGAGUGCUCCGAUUACAUUUUUAAUAUAUCUCUA